GCAUGCGCCGUGCACUAUCUCGAUAUGCUGGGUUCAGUGCAGUAGAGCGAGAGAUGAAAAAUCCUCCGGAGAGAUCAGGAAUCGACUUCCGGGUCGGAGCUCAGCUGGAAGCACGAGACCGACAGAAGAACUGGUACUCAGCCACCAUUGAGACAAUCGAUUACGACCAAGAGCGAGUUCUCGUCCACUACAAGCAGUGGAGCCGUCGCCACAAUGAGUGGUUUCACUGGAGCUCGCCGUACCUGCGGCCCCUGGAAAGGGUUAGCCUGAGAAGGCGGGGUGUGAACCCACCAGCCAGCCAGCCGACGUUUGUUUCUGGUGCGCGGGUCCUGGCCUGUUGGACUGACUGCCGGUUCUACCCGGCUAAGAUCCUGCGGGUCAAUAAGGAUGACUCGUACACGGUGCGGUUCUAUGACGGUGUGGUUCGGACGGUGAAGCCAACAAAGAUCAAACCAUUCCAGAAGAAGUCCACAGCUGAGAAGAGUGCGUUGGGGAGCGAGGGCUGGGAGGAUGAGGACUGUGAGGAGGUGGAAGGAGGUGUGGAAGGAGAGGAGGAGGGAGAGGAGAAAAAGGAGGAGGUGAAGGAGAAAGAUGAGUCAGUGGAGAGGGAGGACGAGAGGAAGAGGAGCGCCGAGCCUUCAUCCUCCUAUCUUCCAUCGAAGAAGAAAACAGACGAAAGCAGAAGCUGUGGAUCUCAGAAUCAGCCAAUCACAGCAGAUUAUGCACCCUCAGCAGGUGCUAAUCCUUCGCAGAUCGACAGAGACGUCCUGCUGCAGCGUCAGGCCCACCUACCAACAACACACAAGUUCAGCAGAGAGCCAUUGUACAGGGUGAUAAAGAACCAGCCUCCUCCCAUCCUCUCCAUUGAGCUUGAUCACAACCCCUUCAAGUGUCCCUCCGAAGGCUGCUCCAAGUCCUUCAGGAAGGCCUCUCUGCUGCACUACCACACCAAGUAUUACCACUCCGAACAGCUGCUUGUAGGAACAGGAGAAGGAGAAGGAGUAGCAGCAGCUGGAGGAGAGCAAGAGUCAGCCCGGAGGAAAAGGUCCACUUCUGAAGGAGAAGACUUCAUGUUGGACAGGAGGAGUGAGGGCCAGAACAACAUCUGUCACCGUGACAACCGAGAGCACAGCAUCAUGGGAACAGAGGGGAAGAAAAAUGGAGGAAAGGACAGAAAGAACUUCCUGAGAGUUAAACUGAAGAAGAAGAAAAAGAAAAAGAAGAAGAAGAAGACUCAUACCGGACACUGCAGCAGCGACGACGAGAACUCAGAUCGACAUCCUAUCACCCUGAAAAUGUCCUCACAACAGCACAGCACGCACACAGCAGACGACGGCAGUGAUUGGUCCACACUAACAGCUGAGAGCGGAGAGGACACGCCCUCCUGGCAGGUCGCUAUGGAGAUGGAGGACUGCGAGGUGGUCAGGUGUGUGUGUGAGGUGGACGAGGAGAAUGACUUCAUGAUCCAGUGUGAGUCAUGUCUCUGUUGGCAGCAUGGUACCUGCAUGGGGUUAUAUGAAGACAAUGUCCCCCACAACUACAUCUGUUACUACUGCAGACAGACAGCAGGGUGGAGGCGGGCCCAGCGUGUCCUGGUGGAGCCUGAUUGGCUGAUGUCGGGCCACAUGUUUGGCCUGUCCUGCGUGAAGGGGAACUACAGUCAGAUGAACUCAGCAAAGGUGUCACACACCGCACGUCUGCUGGCUCACACACACACGCUGCAGCAAGCCGUCCGAGGGCUGCAGCUCAAGAUCAGCCUGCUGCGCGCUCCGUCUCACCCUGACCUGCAGCUGUGGAGGUUACCAUGGCGACAGGAGGAGGCGCGAAGCCUGGCCUGCAGCCCCAGAGGCGAACCUUCAGUCUGCUACGUGAGCAGUGAGCACUGCUACCAAAAACCUGGCGCAUCAAGGGAGAAGGAGGAGGAGGAGGAGGAAGAGGAGGAGGAGCAGAUGAUGAAGGAGGUGAAGUCUGAAGAAGUGGAGAGGACGAUAACUAGCAGCAUCACAGACACACACGCAGUGACGCACAACCCGACCACAAACACAGAGAGCCACACGGUGGCGCCGCGAUGCUCCUCAGAGGUGGAGUGCCGACUGAACCUCCUGAACCACGUGGAGUCUGUGCAGAGAGACAUCAGCAGCAGGAUGGAGCUGAUGGAGAGAGAGCUGGACGUUUUGGAGUCCUGGUUGGACCAUUCAGGAGAGCUGGAGCCCCCUGACCCUUUGUCCCGCCUCCCACAGCUUAAGCAGCGAAUCAGACGGCUGCUCUGUGACCUCUGCAUUGUGAGACAGCUGGCGGUUUGCCGCUGAGUUCCUCAUCUCCUGACCUUUGGAUCAGAAUCUGGGUACCUCCAGAAGACUAAGGACAGCAGACAUCAGUCUCACAGAUGUGGUGUCUCUCAUGGUCAGGGUUUAGUGUGACUGAACAGAUGAACCUGAAGGCAUCACGGACUGGACUGCAGAAGGCGGAGACCUGCGUGAGUGUGUGUGUGAGUGUGAGUGUGCGUGCAUGCUUGGGCGUGUCUUUUUUCUAAUAUUCACUUUCUAGUUGAAAAGAAAUGCUCUCACUGUUGUUCCUUUGUUUGUCAUUAGAAAAAUAAAAUAAAAAAA